UGUGUGCGUCGUCGCGUCUGCCGCUCUGCUCUGCCGCGCGGAGAGAUUUUCUCUCUGCCGAUCUGCGUCCAAUCACGGCGGCUGCGCUGCGCUCUGAGGCCGGGAACCGUCCGACUGGAUCCGUCCGACGCCUGGAGAACCAGCUCCGCACCGAGGAACGACCCGCGGAUGGUUUUGUCUUACCGGGCGGGGGACCUGGAAAGCGGGGCCCGCAGCGGGAGCAGGGAGGAGGCCCCGACGCCGCCUUGUUCUGACCCAGAAAACAGCACCGACGGCCGGGCUGCCUGUCAACUAGCAGGCCGGCUAGCAUCUGGAGCACCGCAGCUCGCAGGGAGGCACCGAGGAGGACGGAUAACGGGGUCGUUUUAAACCCCGUUAGGACCGAGUUUUUGGCUCUUGUGUGUCACCGGAAGAAUAUUUUGCUUAAUUUUAUUAUUUUCUAAACCUUCUGGAAGGCUGCUGGCCAGCUAGCUCCGGGCUAGCCGUCCCAGUUAGCUUCUCUCCCCGGCAACUGGACAGCGGAGGCUCCGGAGGAGUCCAGGCGGUCUUCGGUGCUUUCCGACCCGGUAGUAGACCUCACCGGAGGCCGGGGACUCCAAAAAUGGCUGCCGCCUUAAUCAAAGAAAUCGUGAGCCGGAAUAAAAGGCGAUACCAGGAGGACGGCUUCGACCUGGACCUGACCUACAUUUAUCCGAACAUCAUAGCGAUGGGUUUUCCUGCGGAGCGUCUGGAAGGAGUUUAUAGAAACAACAUCGAUGACGUCGUUCGGUUUUUAGAUUCAAAGCACAAGAAUCACUAUAAGAUCUACAAUCUCUGUGCAGAGCGACACUACGACACGGCCAAGUUCAACUGUCGAGUGGCUCAGUAUCCAUUCGAGGACCACAACCCUCCCCAGCUGGAGCUCAUCAAGCCAUUCUGUGAGGACCUGGACCAGUGGCUCAGCGAGGACGAGCAGCACGUCGCCGCCAUCCACUGCAAGGCCGGCAAGGGGCGCACCGGCGUCAUGAUCUGCGCCUACCUGCUACACCGCGGGAAGUUCCAGGAGGCCCAGGAGGCGCUCGACUUCUACGGAGAGGUCCGGACCCGCGACAAGAAGGGCGUGACCAUCCCCAGCCAGCGGCGCUACGUCGUCUACUACAGCUUCCUGCUGAGGAACCAGCUGCAGUACAAACCCAUCGCUCUGCUGUUCCACAAGAUGCUCUUUGAGACCAUCCCCAUGUUCACCGGAGGAACCUGCAACCCUCAGUUCGUGGUGUACCAGCUGAAGGUGAAGAUCCACACGUCAACUCCGACUCACACCAGGAGAGAAGAUAAACUGAUGCUGUUCGAGUUUCCUCAGCCACUGCCCGUCUGUGGAGACAUCAAGGUGGAGUUCUUCCACAAACAGAACAAGGUCAUGAAAAAGGAAAAGAUGUUCCAUUUCUGGGUCAACACGUUCUUUAUCCCUGGGCCCGAGGAGAACCUCGACAGGAUGGAGAAUGGCAGCGCCGGGACGCUGCGAGACUUGACCGACAGAACGCACCAGAACCUGGCGAUGAUGACAGCGGGCAGCGAAACCAACGACAGAGAAUAUCUGGUUCUGACCCUGACCAAGAACGACCUGGACAAGGCCAACAAGGACAAGGCCAACAGGAACUUCUCCCCCAACUUCAAGGUAAAACUUUAUUUCACUAAGACGGUGGAGGAAGGAUCGAACUGUGACGCCGGCAGCACGUCGGCCUCGGUGACGCCGGACGUCAGCGACAACGAACCAGAUCACUACCGUUACUCCGACACGACGGACUCGGACCCUGAGAACGAGCCGUUCGAAGACGACCACCACAACCAGAUCACUAAAGUCUGACACACGUGUACAUAUAUACAUAUAAAUAUAUAUAUAUAUAUAUAUACAUAUACGUAUACACAGUAUGUAUGUAUGUACACACAGCGCUGAACCGCAGCCUGCAGCCGGCUGUGGUUCUCUAACGGGGAAUAAAACCAACUGAUGGACCACAGCUGAUCUGAGAGACUCUGCAUUCAAAGAGCUCCGGUCAGAACGUAAGCCCCGCCCCUUCCUGUCUUCUACUCUGUGAACACCUGGACAAUCAUGGCGGUCGGAGGUGAGGGGCGAGGCCAACCGAGUGACGGAUGAAUGGACAAACGGGAGGUUUGAGAAAUUAAAGGAGUAAAACUUGAAUAUAAAGAAAGACAAGUAGACUUCUUUAGCGACCACGUUUGUUGGACGAAUCCCCACGUUUCCUUCCUUCCUUCCUUCCUCAGCAGUUCUAGGAGACUUUCUGCACACCGGUCUUUAUUCAGUUUUCCUCUGCAGGCUUCAGUUUGGUUCAUCUGGAUCUCAGUGUUGAUGCUUCGCUCUGUGCUCCAACGUCUUCCCCAGAUCCACUUCCUAUCUGGAUUUAUUUUAAAUAGAACAGAAACUAAUUGGACUGAAAGAAAUCAGAAAAUUGAUAAAUCGAUUGAAGGAUCUCUUUAGAUUUGCAUAUUUCUGUUCUGAAAAGAGCUUUAUAUCUCCAGUUUUACAGAACACAGGUGGUUUUAACUCUGUUUCCCGAUCACAAAUCUCAGCAUACGAGUGGAAAUAGAAAGUUUUGGCUUUUUUAAUUGAUCAACCAGAACAUCUAGAUGCUACAGGUGUGGAUCAGUGUUAGAGCUCUGGACCAAGAAUAAUAAACUCUGGACCUGUUGUCUGUGAAGAUUCAGGUCAUGGCAGAGCUCCAGUAGAAGCUAACGGGACUUUUGUUUCUGGUUCAGGAAGAAGCUUCAUGAAACGUCUUCUAGAGCCAAAGACAAAAGUCCAGUUACCUUCUGAGACGUUUCACAAACAUGAAGACAUUUCAUGAAGGUUUCAAACAUCUUCAGCCCAAACCAGAAUGACAGCUACCGUCGUCUGAAGCUCCCAGGGACAUCUAACACUAUAAAAUCCUAGGAACUAUAUGUUUUCAUCCUUCUGGAGUUUCUGCUCAUCUGAGAACCUCCAAACCCCAGAACUGCAUGUUUUCCAGAUCAGUGACUUGAUUUCAGACUGGACUUAGUGGUCCAAACCCUCAGGUGUGAACUGGGUGGAAGCGAUGCACAGAGAGAAGCAACAAGCUGCUGUUUGAAUGCGACAAUGCAGAAGAGAAACUUCACAAUCUGCUGCAGUUCUGUCAAUCACACAAUGCUUCUGUCCGUCUGUCUGUCUGCACAGAAGGAUUCUCUCCAAUCAGCUACCAGAAAUGUAUUUUUGUUGUACUCAGACUAUAUCAAUCAUUAAGCUAAAUGACAAACACACAGUGUAAUCAUUCCUACAUGUAGGCCGACAUCCUGAAACCUUCCACUGCACAGCGCUGGGUGUUUGGUGUCCGGGUCACCGGGCGGCUGCAGUUUAGAACCAAUGCUUUACUGAAUCCUUGUAAAUAUUUCCGGCGGUCCAUCCAAGAGCGUCGUGCUGAUCAAUCUGUUCUAAAGCAGCAAUAUCUCAGUUAAACUGUGGUUUCCAGUGAGAACAUAAGCUGUCAGGUCUGAUCAGAACCUCCUUAGUCAGAGGCGUUUGUCCAGAGAAGGUGAACAGAUGCUGGUUUUCCAGGAACUGGAGUCCUGAGGGUCAAAGAUGGUGUCACUCCAUGAUUAUUACUCUGUCCGUAGAAUAUUCGUCAACGUUUAAGCACUUAAAUCUUUGCAAACUUUACCUUUAACGCCAGAGACGACGGUUGGAGGUUCAGCAGGAUCCAGAGAGAAGCUCCAGUCAGGUCUAAUUAGAGCUUCAGUCCAAACCAGUGGUUCCAUUUUCAUGCACCAGUCUGACAGGAACCGCUGAUUCUUCUUCAGGUGUUUGGAUUGCUAUUAUUUCAAGAUUCCUCCUGCUCGUCCAGCGUUUGACUGCAAAGUUCUACAACAUAACCGAUGCAUCUCAUCGGGCCUGUGAACUCUUUAUUUUGGUGCCGUCAGUAAAUCCAGACGUCUCCUCUGAACAUCUGUCCCAGUGACUGGAACGGCGCUUUUAGUCCUGAUGCCUGAUUUCCGUCCUCUCGUUGGGUGCUUCUACCGGUCGUAGUCAUUGGUCUGGAGGUCUUGAGUAGAGUCUGAUCUCACAGGAAGAGGCUGAACAGGACCAAAUACCAACUCUUUCUCACAUCAGUCCCAUCGAAACCCAACAGAACUCUGAUUCCAGAGGUCUGAAUCAGAUUUGUUCAACAGAUCCAGUAGUUGUGGUGUUGGACUGAUUGAUGGAUGGUUUCAUGGUCAGAAUUUGUUUAGUGACAUUAAGAAAAGAACCAGAACCAGCUGGAUGUAGUCUGAUCAUCAGGUGGGUCAGUCCAGAAAAGCUUCAGUUCUGAGUCUAAAAGUGAUUUUACCAGAAUGAACGGUGCCUCCAGAUGUUCCUGGUUCCUUCUUCUAGCUUCUACAACAGUUCUGACCAACUACCUACCAACACUAAAGUUUACCCACAAUCAUCUUUUUAACAUUUUCUCUGGUGAAUUAUCAGAAACCACAGACACAUCCAGGGAACCAAUGAUUGUUUCUAGGACUCUAAACUGUUCACACUAGGAUACAUCCCAUAAUACUGAUGAUCACAGCUGGUUCUAGAGGAAAUGAACAGAAACCGGAUCCAGUGUUCAGACUGUGACACCUGGAUGGAUUUAAACUGAUCUGGUGUCAGUUUCUACCAGAACUCAGAUGUUUCUCCUCCUAAAUGUCAUGGUUCUAUCUGCUGGACUCAUGAAGUUCUGAAAAAGUCCAUUACAAAGUGAUAAAUCUGGACCCACCUCCAUGGACUUCAAGGACCUGGAAUGUUCUAAGUGAGACUAAAUGUAAAGACUGGUAGCAGGAAAGGAGAACGUUCUAGUGUAGACCUACCGACAACUGGAGUAAGUUCUGGAGUAGGUCUACUCUAGAACUUUCUGCAGGGGACGUUCUCUCUUAUUGGACUGACCCAGAUGAGCGUCACUGUAACCAAACAGAGCCUCCUCCUGUGUGGUCGGACUCCUAAUCUUCGUUUCGGUGCUAAGCUUCGGGUUGAGCCGUCGUCCAUCCUUGGUGCUCUACAGCGAGUGUUCAUCCAGCUCUGUCUUCAGCAGCCAUUUUACAGCAACACUUCCCGUCUCGUGUGGUGCUGUCGGACCUGGCCUCCAUCCUGACACCGACCCGUUCAGACCUGAGCGACUUCCGGAGACUGUUUUCAUUCUGAGCUGCAGAUCUGAUGGAACAUCUGGUUGAAGGUUCGGACCAGGAUCAGAAAAUGGUUCCUGUUCCUGCCUCGUUGUCACACUUUAAAAACAUCAAAUUCAGCUUCAGUAUUUCUUCCUCAGUGUGAAAACCUCCUCGGCUGGCGUCCCGUAGCUGAACCGGCGUUAGGUGUUUGCGGCCAGCCAGGUGCUGUCCACGUUUCUGACUGUCCAGGUGCUCCAUACAUUGUCUUCUGUUGGUCGGUUGUAGACGAACUCAUCUGGACAGAAAGUGAACAGAAACGGUGUUGUCGUUUUACGGUCACCUCUGUUCUGUUCCGCCAUGUUCCGGGUUCCUGCUGCGACCCGCCGUAAAGGAACCAAGAAGGUGUCGUUUCUUCACCACAGUAAACGUUCACAGGAGCUUCAGACUUUGUGUUUCAGACGACCAAACAGUGCUUCAGCUCUCUUCUGUUUACAUCACAAACCUGCCAAAAUGAAGCUCACACUCAUGUUUUACUUUUCACUUUUAGUUCUUGCUGUUUGUUUGUCAGUUUUGGAGUUGAAGAGGUCAUUGUGUUCUUCUUCUGGCCUUCAGGUGUGGUCACAUGGUGGAUCUAUUCUCCAGGUGCAUUAGACCACAGCAACAGAUUCUACAUUUCAUAACCUUGUGUGUCAGUGUUCCAGUCUUUGAAGCACUCCUUUAGCUUGUAUCGCAGUGAUUGAAGAGCCGUCAUGUGACCACACCUUCAUCAGAACAACCUGAAAGUUCCUCAGAGUUCAUGAGCCACAUCAGUCAGAGGAAUCCACCAACCACACUACAGCUGCUCUCUGAACCAAUAACAGCUGAAACUGUACUAAGCCCCGCCCUCUCAGUUGCUGUCCGUUCUUGACCUUAAAGUCAGGAAGAGUCAUUUCAUUUCAGCUCAGUCACAUGAUGUCUGUUAGCUCAGUGGCUAGUUAAGCUAAAUGUGCUCCUUUAAUCUGCUGCCGUUGAACCUCAGUUCAUUCGUUGUUUCAUGUGUUGGAAGAGGAAAGUCUGUCAGGACGACUGAAUAACUUGUUAGUGGAGCGUAAAGUUCAGGACCAAAACGUGCGCUAACAUUAGCAUAGCCUCUGUUAGCAUCCACGAUCAAUCAGCUCUCAGAGCUGCGGAUGUGUUGCUAACGGCUAAGUUGCUAACAGCUCGGUCGCUCAAAGCUACUCGUCAUAAGCUAAUCGUGUAACAUUACUUUUUCAUAAGCUGUGAUUGGAUGAAUCAGUGGGGCGGGGCUUAUGAACGUUGUCUGCCAGUGACGCCGUAUUGAUGAAUAUUGAUGGUUAUUUAUGAAUAUUGAUGGUUAUUGAUGAGUAUCGAUCAGGCUCUGACUGAUGUGGCGUCUCUGAGCCUCCUGCAUCAUUUCAGCACAAACUGGUUCCUGAUCAGAUUUUCCAGUUUUCCUCCAAACACACGGAGAACAUUUCACGUUAAACUGACCUCCCGGUUCUUUCUUCUGUCCCUUCCUGUUUUAUAAUGAAAUAAAACACUGUAAAGGUGAAUAAACUAUUUAUAAACA